AUGCCCAGGCACCUCUCGCAAGAGUUUGUCGACUCGGACGACGACCGCAGCAGCAGCCCGCGCGUGGAACGGGGCGCUGGGGGGAAGGGAAAGAAGGCGAAGCGCGAAGUGUCGGACGCAGAGGAGUCGUCCGAGGACAAGCCGCUCUCGAAGAAGGCCAAGAACGGCAGUGACAAGACCAAGAAGGCGAUCCAGGCGCUUCCUUCGUCGAAGAAGGCCUCCUCGUCCUCCUCGAAGAAGCGCGCAAAGGACGACGACAGCGACGAGGACGACCCUCCCUCGCCCAGGACUGCCAAGCGCAAGGUCGGCGCUUCCGCCAAGUAUGGCGGCAAGGCCGCGGUCGAGGAGAACGACGAGGGCGACAAGUACAUCGACCUUGCGGCCCUUCGUCGCGUCACCGUCCGCAAGUUCAAGGGCAAGACGCUGAUCGACAUCCGCGAGUUCUACAACAGCGACAAGGGCGUCGCGCCGGGCAAGAAGGGCAUCUCUUUGAGCGUGGAGCAGUGGGACCGUCUCAAGAAAGCCGUCAGCACCGUUGACGACCUCAUCGACGAGCUCGCCUGA